CUACGACGCGCCCCUCAUGAACGUACCCGGGCGUACACACGCCGUCGAGAUAUUCUACACCCCGGAGCCCGAGAAGGACUACUUGGAGGCCGCCAUUCGCACCGUUAUUCAGAUUCAUAUGUGCGAAGAGGGAGAGGGAGAUGUGCUACUGUUCCUCACUGGCCAAGAGGAAAUCGAGGAGUCGUGCAAACGAAUCAAACGCGAAAUCGACAAUUUGGGUCCAGAUGUCGGUGAUCUCAAGUGUAUACCCCUGUACUCGACACUCCCGCCUAACCUCCAGCAGCGUAUCUUUGAGGCGGCGCCGGCUACCAAAGCGAACGGCGCCGUCGGUCGCAAAGUAGUGGUGUCGACGAACAUCGCCGAGACCUCACUGACCAUCGAUGGCGUGGUGUUUGUCAUCGAUCCGGGUUUUGCUAAGCAGAAGGUCUAUAACCCGCGGAUUCGCGUCGAGUCGCUGUUGGUGUCGCCCAUAAGUAAGGCGUCGGCCCAACAGCGCGCCGGGAGGGCCGGGCGUACGCGUCCCGGGAAGUGCUUCCGGUUGUACACCGAAAAGGCCUAUAAGACCGAAAUGCAAGAGAACACGUAUCCGGAGAUAUUGCGCUCCAAUCUGGGAAUGGUUGUCCUCCAGCUCAAGAAGUUGGGUAUCCAUGACCUUGUUCACUUUGACUUCAUGGACCCGCCAGCACCGGAGACACUGAUGCGAGCGCUGGAACUGUUGAACUACUUGAACGCGUUGGACGACGACGGAGAGAUGACAGACUUGGGCUCUAUUAUGGCUGAGUUCCCAUUGGAUCCGCAGUUGUCGAAGAUGUUGACGGCGUCGUGCGAUUACAACUGUUCCAAUGAGAUACUGUCCAUCGCGGCCAUGCUGUCAGUUCCCCAAUGCUUUGUGAGACCCAAUGAGCAGAAGAAGGCGGCGGACGACGCGAAGAUGCGGUUCGCGCACAUCGACGGCGACCACUUGACUCUAUUGAAUGUUUAUCACGCUUUCAAACAGAACCACGACGACCCGAACUGGUGUUACGAGAACUUCAUUAACUUCCGGUCCCUCAAGAGUGCAGAUAACGUGAGGCAACAGUUGUCGCGAAUUAUGGAUAGAUUUAAUCUGAAGAGAGUGUCGACAGACUUCACGUCCAGAGAAUACUAUAUAAAUAUACGAAAAGCGCUGAUUUCCGGCUAUUUUAUGCAAGUGGCGCAUCUGGAGAGGACCGGCCACUACCUGACCGUUAAGGACAAUCAGAUCGUUCAGUUGCACCCGUCCUCCUGUUUAGACCAUAAGCCAGAAUGGGUUAUAUAUAACGAGUUUGUGUUGACCACUAAGAACUACAUCCGAACGGUGACUGACAUCAAACCCGAAUGGUUGAUACGAAUAGCGCCGGUAUAUUACAAUAUGGAUAACUUUCCUCAAUGCGAGGCUAAGCGACAGUUAGAAUACCUGACGAGUAAACUGCAGUCAAAGCAAUACCAAGUGUGACACCGAUUAUCAUUGUAUCUAAUGGUUACCACAUCUUGUGUUGUAUUUGUGUCUCAAUUGUCUCUCAACUCUUAAACUAAUUUAUCGAAAGCAUUGAAAGCAUUCCUCAUUAC